UGGCUAGUAAGUAGCCUAUCAAUAUCAAGAUGAAAAGUUAUAAAGAUAUCAGCGCAAUUGAAGGAAAUUACUACAUACUAUUGCCAGCAUGGACAGCCACAACGACGAUAUCUUACGCCCACUUUCCGAGGACGAAUUCAAGGAAUUACUGCAAUUAUAUCGUGAAAAAUAUGGCGAGCAAAACUUCCACUACCUGUUGAUGUACAAUCAAAAUAAAUGGAAUGAGCAGCUGAAGAAUUUGAAUUGUAAGGUAAAAACUGGUGAGGCAGACGAAUGGCUGUCUUUCCGGAAAGACUUUUAUACCUACCGAAAUGGUGAUUUUAGGAAAAAUGGCACUUAUGUGAGUCUGCACUAUGAUAUUAUGCAAAGUGUCUCAUUUCAUUCGUGGGAGCCAAGCCAGACGGAAAUAUUGAAAUGCUUGCGUGAAACUAAAUUGAUCAAGUGGCGUGAGGGGCCGUUAUUAACAAAUGUUGACCUUGAAUUCUGUGACGAGGUGAAAAAGAUAGCCUUAAGUAACGGCGCCAGUGUGCAACGCGCACGAUUAUGUAUAUUUUUAAUAUUGGAGCAUGAAAAGGCCGCCAUUUCUGCUUUAGAGAGCUUAAAAGACGGUUACACUGUUAAAAACCUGAACGCCAAUAAUGCGUCGCUCGUGCAUGAGGUGUGGCCCAAUAAGAAGGAAGGCUCAUUGGCGUAUGUGAGCGGUCUAAUCGCCUUAAAUCAGACAGCGGGCAUUUAUAGAGAUAGUGACGGUGAAUUGGUCGCAUGGGCUUUUCAAAAUGAUUUUUCUGGUCUAGGCAUUCUACAAGUUCUGCCAACGGAACAAAGAAAGGGUUUUGGCGCCUUCUUGGCAGCAUAUUUAUGCAAACAAGUGACGACUGUGGAGAAAGUGGAUUUAUCAGCUUGGAUUGUGAGUGAAAAUUUCAAAUCUAAAGCGCUGUUGGAGAAACUCGGUUUUGAGGCAGUGGCUAAGGCAGAGUGGAUACAAUUGAACAAAGCUUAGAUAAUCAAAAUUGUGAAGAAGGAGAUGAGAUAAAAGUAUGUGUAUGCAGCAUAAUAGAAAAAAAUUAAUUUUUUUGGCCAUUAAUUAAUAUUAAAAAAAAAUUGAUUAUAUAACGAAGCAUUUUUUAACUUCCAUGUUAAAUUUUACACUGAUUAAUACAAAUUAAAAUUAUUGUUAUUUAAUGUUAUGAUAGGCGUUUUUGCAAAUUAUAUUUAAUAAAAUGUAUUUUGAACAACAAA